AUGUUUGCAUUAUCCAUCUUCUUUCAAACCGUCAGUUACAUUCUCUUUGCUGCCAGUCGGAACAUUGCAAACUACUUUGCGGCUGGCUUGUUUGAUGCUGUAGGAUCGACUGGAUUCGGCCUAACGCAGCAAGUAUUCAUCGCCGACUCUACCACCUUGAUCAACCGCGCAUUUUGGUCCACCUUGCCUGAGACCAUCACAACUAUACCUGCUUUGUACCUGGGAUCGAUCAUAGGAGAGAGUUUUCUCAAAAAUGCAGGCUGGAGAUGGGCAUUUGGCACCUGGGCAAUCGUUGUACCAAUUGUGUCACUGCCAUUGAUUGGUGUCGUCAUGUACCUCCAGCGGCGAGCAAAAACACAAGAAACGCCGAUCGAGUCCCGACCACCUGGGUUGGCAAGCAAGAAGGCAUAUAGCUCCAAGUUGAAACAGACUUGUCAGCUUUUCUGGACUGAGAUUGACUUUCCGGGUCUGAUUCUUCUGGUAGCAGGAAUGUCUCUCGUGCUCACUCCUCUUUCGCUCACUGGAUCUCUGAACCCUGGGAGAUGGAAGGAGGCGUCUUUUAUUGCCAUGAUUGUGGUUGGCGCGAUACUCUUUGCGUCAUUUGUGGUUUGGGACGUCAAGUUUGCAAAAAGGCCAUAUAUACCAGCGCGCAUGAUGAAUCGUACAGUAAUCGCUGCUUGUCUUAUCCAGGUUUUCGAUUUCAUGGAGUACAGCCUGUUCACAAUCUUCUUCUCGAGCUAUUUGCAGGUAGCUGGCCAUUUCUCGCCUGCGCACGCAACCCGUAUAGACAACUCACUUCGAGUCGCCUUUCAAGUCAGCGGACUUUUUGUCGCCGUUGGCAUGAAAUAUACCAAAAGGUCGCGAAUGUGGGCUCUCAUGGGCCCGCCCCUGGUUAUCAUCGGACAGGGAAUGAUGAUUUACCUAGUCAACCCGGGCGCGAACAAGCAGACCAGCGAAGUUGCGUUCAUCGUCUGCAAAGUCAUAUCAGGUAUCGGAAGAGCUCUGUUCCAGACGGCUGCCCAGGUUUCCGUGCAGGCAGCCGUCUCCCAGCAGGAAGUCGCUGUUGCAACCAGUCUUUUCCAAGCUGGUAAUAGUGUCGGUGCCGCCGUGGGGACAAGUGUGUCUGGAGCCAUAUGGCGAAACACAUUACCCGAUAAGCUGCUGGAAUAUCUCCCAGAGGGCGACAAAUCCAAGGCAAUGAGCAUCUUUCAGUCAAUCGUGACGGCGAAAAAAUACGAUGCUGGAUCUCCUGUUCGCAUGGCUAUUGAUCGCAGCUUCCGCGAAUCUCAGAUGCUUCUCGCAAUUGUUGCGACGGCAUUGUGCGUGCCGAACCUCAUCAUCAUGUGGUUCUUGAAAAGCAUUCGACUGGAGAAGGAGAGUGAAAAAGAGCUCAACGAGGAAGAAAUUCAUGCGACUCAGAAUCUCCCACAGCUGCCUUUUGCGAAAUCGACCCUCGAAUAA